GUUGUACCAAAUCCCAUGUGACCCGGCAUCAUCCCCUUAAUCCAAACCCAAUGUUGGAGCCAUAUAAAAGCCUUUACAAAUAGUGUUCUCCAUGUAUCUUCAAUAACUACAUUGAAAAACAAAAUGGGCAGAAGCCAAAUCCUCUUGUUGUGCUCUUUGAGCCUUUGCAUUAGCCUAGCAGUUGCUGAUUGGAACAUUUUGAAUCAGAGAACCAAAAAUGGUAUGCAGAUCACACUGAGGAACUACUGUGAGAGCUGGAGGAUGAAUGUUGAGCUUCACAACAUUCGAGAUUUCGAAGUUGUCCCUGAAGAAUGUGUUGGCUACAUUGGAAAAUAUGUGACUUCAACUCAGUACAAGGUUGACUCAGAAAGAGCCAUAGAGGAAUGCAUAGUUUUUCUCAGCACAAGUUGCAGCUUGAAGAAAGAUGGCAGAGAUGCUUGGAUUUUUGAUAUUGAUGACACCCUUUUGUCAACUGUGCCUUUCUACAAAAAACACCAUUAUGGGGGAGAGAAGCUGAAUCUGACCUCUUUUGAGGAAUGGCAGAGUCAAGGUAAAGCACCUGCUUUGGAUCACUCUCUCAGACUCUUCAAUGAGAUAAAGUCCAGAGGCUUGCAGAUCUUUUUGAUUUCUUCCAGGAGAGAACAUCUCAGAUCAGAGACAACUGACAAUCUUAUGAAUGUUGAAAUUCAUGGAUGGACUAAUUUGAUAUUAAGGUCACCUGAAGAUGAACUCUGCUCAGUGCGGGAUUACAAAGCUAGAGCUAGACAACAGUUGAUCAGCAAAGGAUACCGUAUUUGGGGUAUUGUUGGAGACCAAUACAGCAGCAUUCAAGGACUACCAAAUGCUAAGAGAACAUUUAAACUUCCAAACCCAAUGUACUAUGUUUGCUAAAAGAAACCUUCAUUUUUGGUAC